CCGUUAAAAUUUUAUCUUUAAUACUUUUUCCAAACAUAUAACCAAAGUGCAAAACACUCUCCCCAAACAAAAAAAUAUGUAGAGGCGUAGAGCUGAGCCGCCCAGCUCGCAACAGAUUCUCGCAUGGCGGCGGCGCCCCAUCCGCAUCCGUCCUCUUCCUUCCCGAGAAUUCCGUCCUUCUUCUCUUCUGUCACAUCCUCUUCUAACCUCCUCCUCUACUCCUCCUUCCAUCGCCUCCGCCUCCGUCUCGCAUGCAAGUCCGAGCUCAGGAGCUUCGACCACCACUCAUCAUCAUCUCCCAAAGGGAUAACUACCGCCGAUCCCAUCCACGGCCCUCCGGCAACCGCUUUCCUCCCCAUGGCGGCGAGCUCCUCCUUCCUCGAUUCAUCCGGGGAGAGCCCCAAGAAGGUAUGCCUCUUCUACUGCCCCGAGACCAAACCUCUAGCCGAGAGUGUUGCGGCUCAGUCGGACUACAUUGAGCCCUGCGGCAUCCACUGGAGGACAUUUGAUGAUGGAUUCCCCAACUUGUUCAUCCCAAAUGCACAGGGGAUCCGGGGGCAACACGUCGCUUUCCUUGCAUCAUUUAGCUCACCAGGGGUGAUAUUUGAGCAGCUCUCAAUCAUCUAUGCCUUGCCAAAGUUGUUUGUGUCUUCAUUCACCCUCGUGCUCCCCUUUUUCCCCACCGGCACUUCGGAGCGCAUGGAAGAUGAGGGGGAUGUAGCUACAGCGUUUACUCUUGCUAGGAUAUUGUCUAAUGUUCCAAUCUCGAGGGGAGGACCCACAAGUUUAGUUACCUUUGACAUCCAUGCCUUGCAGGAGAGGUUCUACUUUGGCGACAACAUCUUGCCGUGUUUUGAGAGUGGGAUACCCCUGCUUAAAAAUAGAUUGCAGCAGCUCCCUGACUCCGACAAUAUCUCCAUUGCCUUUCCUGAUGAUGGUGCGUGGAAACGAUUUCACAAGCAGCUACAGCAUUUUCCAACAAUUGUUUGCGCGAAAGUCCGAGAAGGUGAGAAACGCAUCGUCCGUAUUAAGGAGGGGGAUCCCGUAGGAAAGCAUGUCGUUAUAGUCGAUGAUCUGGUCCAAUCAGGUGGCACUUUAAUAGAAUGCCAAAAAGUUUUGGCAGCACAUGGAGCAGCGAAAGUCAGUGCCUACGUGACGCAUGGGAUUUUUCCCAAGAAGUCGUGGGAACGUUUUAAACACGACAAAGGAGGGAAUCCCGAGGAUGGAAUGGCGUAUUUUUGGAUCACAGACUCCUGUCCAAAGACGGUGGUUGACGUGAUGAACAAACCUCCCUUUGAAGUGCUCAGCCUCGCUAAUUCCAUAGCAGCCAGCCUUCUUAUCUGAACAUACAUUUGGAUCCCCCCAGGAGUGUUCGAUUUUGCAUUGAGCUUUUACAUAUACAGCUAAGAAAGGCACUAUGACAUUUCUCGAGUUGACAUCGUAUGCUAUAUUGUACACGUACAUCCCAACAUAUAUGAAUAUGACAUCCCGUUAGGUAAAGAUCCAUAUGU